AUGGCGUUCAACAAGUCCCACACAAGCUUGUCUUCUAGAAAGUCCUCUUUCUUCAACACUCAUCAGUUGAACAACCAGCCUCAACCUGACGUUUACUUUGUUGGUGUCGAUGUUGGAACUGGUUCCGCUAGAGCCUGUAUCAUUGACACGAACGGGUUGAUCUUGGGCCUCUGUGAGCGUCCAAUCACUCGUCAUGAGUUGAAGAGAAACCACAUUACCCAAAACUCCACGGAGAUUUGGAAUGCCAUCUGUUUCUGUGUCAAGAGCGUGCUUCGCGACUCAGGUGUAGAUGGUUCCGAGGUUUUUGGUAUCGGUUUCGAUGCUACUUGUUCUCUUGUCGCUAUUUCUGAGUCUAAGGACGCUCCAGCUGCUGUUGGGCCUGACUUUGCUGAUGACAAGACUAACAUUAUCUUGUGGAUGGACCACCGUGCUCCAGAGGAGACCAACGAGAUCAAUGCCACUGGCGAUAAGGCUCUCAAGUACGUGGGUGGUCAGAUGUCCAUCGAGAUGGAAUUGCCAAAGAUUAAGUGGUUGAAGCACAACAGACCUAACGGUUUGGAUGACUUGAAGUUCUAUGAUUUGGCUGACUACUUGACCCACAAGGCCACCGGCUCCGAAGCCCGUUCUUACUGUUCUACAGUUUGUAAGCAAGGUUUCGUUCCAAUUGGCGUUGACGGAUCUGAGACCGGUUGGUCUAAGGAAUUCUUGGAGGGCGUGCAGUUGCCUGAGUUGGCUGCAAACGACUUCGAAAAGUUGGGUGGUGUUCCCGGCAAGAACGGUAAGUUUUUGAGUGCCGGUGAUAUUGUCGGUAAGCUCACAGCCAAGUCUGCCGAUGAAUUGGGUUUGACCACCGAGACAAUUGUUGGAAGUGGUGUCAUUGAUGCUUACGCAGGAUGGAUCGGUACCGUCGCUGGUAAGGUCGACCUUCCAACCCACCCUGAAUUGUCUCAAGACUCCAAUGGCUCUAUGGAGACUGCCUGUGGCCGUAUUGCCGCUGUUGCCGGUACUUCCACUUGUCACGUUUCGAUGACCAAGGACCCUUGCUUCGUGCAAGGUGUGUGGGGUCCAUACAGAGAUGUGAUGGCCCCUGGCUACUGGCUUGCUGAGGGUGGUCAAUCUUGUACUGGUGCUCUUUUGGCCCACGUUUUGUCUACCCACCCAGCUCACGGUGAGUUGGUGCACUUGGCAGAUGCCUCCAACUUGUCCAAGUUUGAUUACUUGAACUUGGUUUUGGAGAACAUGGUCUCUGAGACCAAGAGCAGAUCUGUUGUCGCUUUGGCCAAGCACAUUUUCUUCUACGGUGACUUCCACGGUAACAGAUCCCCAAUCGCUGACCCUAACAUGCGUGCCAACAUUAUUGGUCAGUCUAUGGACUCUUCCGUCAAGGACUUGGCUAUUCAAUACUUUGGUGCUUGUGAGUUUAUCGCCCAGCAAACCAGACAGAUUAUUGAAGAGAUGGAGAAGGGCGGCCACCGUAUUAAGUGUGUGUACAUGAGUGGUGGACAGUGCCGUAACGGUUUGUUGAUGAGAUUGCUUGCUGACUGUACUGGCAUGCCAAUUAUCAUUCCAAGAUACAUUGAUGCUGCUGUUGUUUUCGGUAGUGCCUUGUUGGGUGCCGUUGCCGCCCAGGAGUCUGUUGAGGAGCAUGUCACCAGCGGGGGCCGUGCCAGAAAGAACUCUUUGGCCAAGUCUCAAACUGACUUGAAGAAUGCUGGCCAAAAGGAAGAAAAGAGGGAUGGCGGAUCCCCCUUGGGAUCGCCCUAUACCGCCCCAUCUGCCACUGCCUCUCAUACCAACUUGGGCUCUAUCGGAUACGGUGGUAACCCAAUGCAGAUGAGCAGAUUAGGCGAGGAGCCUCAGGACUACUUCAACCAAAGUGCUCCGCCCAAGUCGCCUAAAUCAGGCCGUGCUGCGUCUCUUUCUGGUAGUGACUCAGAAGAUGAACAAACGUUAUCUUUUGGUUCGAAGCUGAACACUUCGCAGAAGGUUUCCAAGGGAUUGGCUGCCAAGGCCAGAAGCGAAUUCAAGCCAUUGACCAGCUUGUCUGACGCCAAGAAGAAGCAGAGCUCCUCAAUCACCACAGCUGGCACCACAGACCCAGGUGACAGAUUGUGGCAGACUAUGGAGAAGCUCACUGGCCCAGGUAAGGUUGUGAUGCCACACAAGGAAGAGCACCCAGACCGCAGAUUGUUGGCGUGCAAGUACAAGGUGUUCUUGGAUCAGUGCUACAAGCAGCAAGAAUACAGAAAAAUGGUGGAUGAGCUUGAAGCCACCAAUUAG